AUGGGUGCUUUCCUUGCUUUGUACACCUUUACUGCUGUCAUUCUCCUGGUAAUUCAUGGAGGUUUGUGUGUGGAAAUCAUUGGAGGGACUGAAGUAGCACCACACUCGAGACCAUUUAUGGCACAAAUCGUGGGACCAAAAAGAUUUGUUUGUGGAGGAGCUUUGAUCAAGGAAAACUGGGUGUUAACAGCUGCCCACUGCAAGGUGAAAGAAGGCAAAGUUAUUCUUGGAGCUCAUUCACGGAAAGCAACUGAAAAACAAACACAGAUUUUCCAGAUUGCAAAGCAAAUUCCCUACCCAUGCUAUGACUUCAUUUCCAAGGAAAAUGACAUUAUGCUGAUACAGCUUCACAAAAGAGCAAGACUUACUGCAGCUGUGAAACUCAUUCCCCUGCCUACUUCAGAUGAUGACCCCAAACCAGGAACAAUUUGCACAGUAGCAGGAUGGGGAAAAACUGACAAUCGUCAGAAAAUGCUUUCUGCUACCCUGAGGGAAGUCAAUAUCACUGUCAUCAGUAGGCAAGUCUGCAAUGAUAAACAUCAUUAUAAUGGCAAACCUGUUAUAACAGAGAACAUGAUAUGUGCAGGGGCUGGAAAAAAGGACUCAUGUGAUGGAGAUUCUGGUGGACCUUUAAGAUGCAAUAAUGUGAUGAGAGGCAUCACUUCUUUUGGGAAGAAAAAGUGUGGUAGUGUUGAUGGCCCUGGUGUCUACACUCGACUCACAAACCAAUACCUCCAGUGGAUAAGGAAAACCAUAGGGGGUGCCUAA